AUGGAGAGGAUGGAUGGGGUGCCCCCGGAGGGGGAAGGGCUCAAGGGGGGGACACACAGACGGACAGACGGACAGGUGGGUCAAUGGAGGGGGGUGUUUUCCCCCGGGGGGGGUCUCCAACCGCUGCUCCCCCCCCCAGGACCCCCCCAGCCCCUCCCUUACUUCGUCCGCCGCUCGCGGCUCCACAACCUGCCCGUUUACCCCCGGCUGCGGAAAAGCAACCGGCGCCUGACGGAGCUGCGGCACGUCGAGGGGGACAUUUGGGCGCUGGAGCGCGAGCUGCGGGCGUUUUUGGGGGGGCGCGGGGGGAAGGAGCCGGAGGUGCAGGUGAACGAGGUGACGGGGAGCCUGCGCUUCAAGGGGCGCUGGGAGGGGGAGCUGCGGGAGUGGCUGCUGCAGAGGGGCUUCUGACACCCCGAAACACACCCGGGGGGGGCCCCCGGUUCGGGAGCGGCUAAAGGGGACCCCGAAAUGGCGGGGAGGGGGCUUGGGGGGGGGACACCCCCCUAAAAUCGAGGGAAAGGCGGUGGUGAGGAGCAGGAGUCGAAGGCGCUCAGGAGGGACCCCAAAAUGGG